AUGAGAAGAGCCGGCGGUGGUAAGGAAAUCGAUGACUUAGAGGAUGCCAUUCAAGAAGGAAUGGUGUCUUUGUCCGCAGACCGAAUGAAGCGAGACGGAGAACAAAAGGGAACCUUUGAACCUGUCCCCACAGCCGAAGACCAUCGAUGCAUCUGCGCAUUUGAUCGCCUAACUCAUGAUGCAUGGCCAUGUCAUCCAAGGAAGAAAUCGAAAAAUGGUGAAAAACAGAAUAAGCAUUGUCUUUGCGAACAAGGCGAAUCGUUUUGCAUGUUCUAUGACAGGAAGAAAUCGAAAAAUGGCGAAAAACAGAACAAACACUGUCUUUGCGAACAAGGCGAAUCAUUCUGCAUGUUCUAUGAUAGAGUUGCAAAAAUCAUAGACCUUUGGGAUUUCUUUGCUACUUCCUAUGACUACAAUACAGAAGCGAAUGACGACGAGAUCGAAGCACUUGGAUUUGGGGUAAGCUGAAA